CCUUUCGUUUGCGAAGAUUUUCCAAAUCUGUCGAACUAGUUUACCGUUUUGUGUUGCGCUCAACAACCAUGUUGCCACCUAAGAGUUGUCCAGCCAAGAAUGGGCUCAGUGAUUUUGAGUCAUAUUUUGUGCGGCCGGAUUUGGCGUCCAGGUGCACCUGGAAGCUAGGGACGACCGAGACCAGCCCUCACCAAUGUAGACCUCCAGUUCACCACAAAAAAGCUAUCGACAACAUUUUGGAUGCUAUUGGGAACACGCCCCUCGUCAAAAUCAAUAAACUGCCCAAGGAGUUCGGCGUGAAAUGCAAUGUUUAUGCCAAAUGCGAGUUCCUGAAUCCGGCCGGUUCCGUCAAGGACCGCAUCGGUCUACGCAUGAUCGAGGAAGCCGAGGAGUGCGGUUUGCUGAAACCCGGCUGCACCAUUGUGGAGCCAACCUCCGGCAACACCGGUAUCGGACUGGCCCUGGGCGCCGCCGUCAAGGGCUACAAGUGCGUCAUCGUGAUGCCGGAAAAGAUGUCCAACGAAAAAGUCGACACCCUGCAGGCGCUGGGAGCCGAAGUGAUCCGCACACCGAACGAGGCUGGCUUUGAUCAACCGGAGGGGCUGAUCGCCGUCGCCCAAAGACUUCAGCACGAAAUACCCAACGCAGUUAUUCUGAAUCAGUACACCAACUCGGGAAAUCCACUGUCCCACUACGACGGAACGGCAACGGAGGUUAUCGACCAAUUGGAUGGAAAAGUCGACAUGAUCGUGAUGGGGGCCGGAACCGGAGGCACCGCCACCGGAUUGGGACGAAAGCUGAAGGAGCACAAUCCUGACUGUAAGGUCGUCUGCUCGGACCCGAUCGGCUCGAUUAUGGCCUAUCCAGCAAGUUUGAACAAAACCGACUGCAAGUUCUGGGAAGUGGAAGGCGUGGGGUACGACUUUGUACCGACGACUUGUGAUCGGCAAGUGAUAGACGAGUGGAUCAAAUACUGUGACAAGGACGCCUUCCAAACUGCCCGGAAGUUGAUUGCCCAGGAGGGACUGCUUUGUGGAGGAAGUGCUGGUGGUAACAUGUACGUUGCACUGCAGGCUGCUAAGAGUCUCAAGGAAGGCCAAAACGUGGUCGUAAUUUUGCCCGAUAACAUCAGAAACCACUUGACAAAGUUUGUAUCGGAUAAUUGGAUGGAGGCGCGAAAUUUCAAGAAGAGUAUUAACAUUCAUCAUCACAAAUGGUGGGACCAGGAAGUCUCGACGAUUGACAUGGCCACACCCAUUACCAUCACCGUGGACGUCUCGAUACAGGAAGCGAUCCGUAUCAUGAAGAAGAACAAUUUAGACCAACUGCCGGUGAUCAACCAUGACGGAAGCAUUCGGGGCUCAGUCUAUUUGACGAAUUUGCUCGGAAAGAUGUUGAACGGUAUGGUGACCCUAUCGGAUCCGGUACUGCGCGCCAUCUACAAGCAGUAUGUGAAGAUCGGCAAGGGCUGUUCGAUAGGAAGGGCCGCUCGGAUCCUGGAGAAGGAUCCCUUCGUUUUGGUGACGGAUUUGGGGCUUGACAAUUGCCAUGUGGUAGCAACCGAGAAAGUGAUUGGCAUGCUUACCCAAAAGGAUAUUUUACAAUAUAUUGCAAAUGCGUAAUUUAAAUAAUGCGGUUAAAAAUAUUUUAUAUAAGAUCUUAUUACCAAAUAAAACAAAUAUUCAAGUAGUUAAAA